AUUAUUUGCAUAUCCAAUUAUCUCAUUACCAACUCAUUAGCAAAUCUUCUUACUAAACUAAUCUCUUCUUUCUUUUUAAUAUCUUGUCUUAACUUAAUUUGUUACUUAUAAUCAUGGGUGUUUUAACAUGCACAUUGGCUGACAUCACUAGCCCAGUCGCGGCCUCCCGGUUGUUCCAAGCUCUAGCCAUUGACAACCAUAACUUUGUUCCUAAGGCUUUGCCUCAGUUCGCUAAAUCUGUUGUGUUUGUUGAAGGUGACUCCACCACUGUUGGAUGCGUCAAGCAGAUCAAUUUCCCUGAUGAGGCUCCAUUCAAAUAUGUGAAAAACAGAGUGGACGAGAUUGAUGCCAACAACUUCUACCUGAAGUACACUUGCAUUGAAGGAGAUGCGUUUCCUGAUACAGUGGAGUACGCUGUGUAUGAAGACAAGUACGAGGUGUCCGAAGCCGGAACCCGGUGCAAGAUGGUAGCACACUACCACAUGAAGGGAGACAGUGUGAUGAAGGAAGAAGAUCUUGAAAAGGCCAAAGAAGGAAUUCAGAAGAUGUUCAAGGCUGUUGAAGAGCACCUCAUUGCCAACCCUCAAGUUUAUGCUUGAACUACUUUGUACAACUUCAUUAAUUGUAAUGAGUGACAAAAAAAAAUAAGAUUAUGUAAUGUGUGUGGAAAUUUGCUUUUUUUUUUUUGGGGUGGUUUAAUUUGAGAUGUAAAUUGUGAACUUGUAAGAGAUGUUAAAUUUCAUCAUGUGAGUACCUUUUUUUUUUGUGUGACUAAUUAAUAAAAUAGAAGCUAAGAAGGGUUUUGAAUGGUUUA